GCGACAGUGGUGGUGGUUGUUGUUGUUGUUAUCGGCAAAAUGGCGUCUGGCGGAGAGGCCCCGGAGUCGUGGUACCUAGCGUUGCUCGGCUUCGCGGAACACUUCCGUACUUCGAGCCCCCCAAAGAUUCGCCUUUGCGUCCACUGUCUCCAGGCCGUCUUUCAGUUCAAGCCCCCGCAGAGGGUCGAAGCCCGAACGCACCUCCAGCUCGGCUCGGUGCUGUACCACCACACCAAGAACAGCGAUCUCGCCCGGAACCACCUGGAAAAAGCGUGGUUCAUAUCACAACAAGUCCCACAGUUUGAAGAUGUUAAAUUUGAGGCUGCAAGUCUUCUCUCAGAACUGUAUUGUCAGCAGAAUCUGGUGGAUUCUGCGAAGCCCCUGCUGCGAAAGGCCAUCCAGAUUUCACAGCAGACUCCUUACUGGCACUGCCGACUGCUGUUUCAACUGGCUCAACUCCACACCCUGGAGAAGGACUUGGUCUCUGCCUGUGACCUCCUGGGUGUGGGUGCUGAGUAUGCAAGGGUCGUAGGCUCUGAAUACACCAGAGCGCUCUUUCUUUUGAGUAAGGGAAUGCUGUUGUUAAUGGAGCGGAAGCUACAGGAGGUGCACCCCUUGCUCACGCUGUGCGGUCAGAUAGUGGAGAACUGGCAGGGAAACCCCAUUCAGAAGGAGUCCCUGAGGGUCUUCUUCCUGGUGCUACAAGUCACACACUACCUGGAUGCAGGACAGGUGAAAAGCGUGAAGCCAUGUUUGAAGCAGCUGCAACAGUGCAUUCAGACCAUCUCCACACUCCAUGAUGACGAGAUCCUACCCAGCAACCCUGCUGACCUUUUCCAUUGGCUACCCAAGGAGCACAUGUGUGUGCUGGUCUAUCUGGUAACGGUCAUGCACUCCAUGCAAGCUGGCUACUUGGAGAAGGCGCAGAAAUACACAGACAAAGCACUCAUGCAAUUAGAAAAAUUAAAAAUGCUGGACUGCAGCGCCAUCCUCUCCUCGUUCCAAGUCAUACUGCUGGAGCACAUCAUCAUGUGUCGGCUAGUCACCGGCCACAAGGCAACAGCUUUGCAAGAGAUCUCCCAGGUCUGCCAACUGUGCCAACAGUCGCCGAGGUUAUUCUCCAAUCACGCUGCUCAGCUUCACACUUUACUGGGUCUGUACUGCAUCUCUGUGAACUGCAUGGAUAACGCAGAGGCCCAGUUCACCACAGCGCUGCGGCUAACCACACAUCAGGAGCUGUGGACGUUCAUUGUGACAAACCUGGCCAGCGUCUAUAUCAGGGAGGGAAACCGACACCAGGAGCUUUACAGCCUUCUGGAGAGAAUAAACCCGGAUCACAAUUUUCCUGUAAGCUCCCACUGUCUGCGCGCCGCCGCCUUCUACAUCCGAGGGCUUCUCUCCUUCUUCCAAGGGCGUUACAACGAGGCGAAGCGGUUCUUGCGAGAGACUCUGAAAAUGUCCAACGCUGAGGACCUGAAUCGCUUGACUGCCUGCUCCCUGGUCUUGCUGGGACACAUAUUCUAUGUGCUGGGAAACCACAGAGAGAGCAAUAACAUGGUGGUCCCAGCCAUGCAGCUGGCUAGCAAGAUCCCGGACAUGUCAGUGCAGCUGUGGUCCUCUGCCCUGCUGAAGGACCUGAACAAGGCGUGUGGCAACACGAUAGAUGCUCACGAGGCAGCGCAGAUGCACCAGAACUUCUCCCAGCAGCUUCUGCAGGACCACAUCGCUGCCUGCAGCCUCCCAGAGCACAACCUCAUCAGCUGGACAGAUGGCCCGCCCCCAGUGCAGUUCCAGGCCCAGAAUGGCCCCACCACCAGCCUGGCCAGUCUGCUGUGAGCCCGACCGGGCCAGAGCCAACACUGUGACCCAGAGAGAGAGCCCCAUCGGCCACAGGCCCUGAAACACACUCAGAGGCUCCGCUACUUGGAGCCGCCGCAUCUUCAUCCAGAAUUCCAUAGACACUGACUUUUGGUUCUUUCCCUAACAGGAGAAUGAAUAUA